AUGUGUUUAAAUACCGAACGGCGAACGUGCGUCGAAUGCGUUCGUUCGCGCGCACAGCGAGCGGGGACUGCGGGACUUCGCCGGUUCGGCCGCGUUCGGCUCCGCUCGGGUGUAUUCGCUCGCUCGCUUGGCUGCGCGCGUGUCGGCUGCACACCCUCACACCGAUACAUAUCACUACAUUCGCUGCCUACGCCCACCCAUCACCCUGACCGUAUUAACCUUGCCUAUUUACUUACUUCACAAGUGAGGACUUACGUGGCCUCGCCGCCGGUGCGAACUCCUAGAUUUGAUGGGAAGGUUUACGAACAAAGGAUCGCCAUAAAAGAUGAUUAUUUACUCCAACGAGAGGGUAGCUAG